AUGGCGCAGGGGAUUAACCCUACAGACGAUAUGCUCAGGCAGGAAUCAAGACGGGUCAUUUAUGACAGUGACGACGAGUGGAACCAGACCGUUGCAGAUAACUCUGAAUGGCUGGCGCAGUUUCGAACCCGCCACGGUCUAGAAAACAAGGGUGACCAAAAUAAGAUCAGAGAAGAGACAUGA